AUGGAGGGCCUGCGGAAAGAUGGUUGUCCGGAGUGGCGCUGCGAAUUCACGUACGACAGAUCCCGACUCGCGGAGGCCGACGCGGUCCUCUUCCCUGCCGCGCAGUUCGGCAGCCACCCGGCCACGAAGCCGCCGUCGCAGCGCUGGCUGUGGGUGGACGUGGAGUCGCCGAUGUCUGGGCCCGGCAAGCGAACGCUCACCAUACUUCGUGUUCACAGGAUGAGUCCGCUCGUGAACUGGACCAUGACUUACCAUUCUAAUUCCGAUAUCAUGGCUUUCUAUGGUUAUUUUCGGUCACUGAAUACCUUUCAGCAGCCUCUGCGUCCAAACUUAAUCGAAAACCACCAGAUGGCUCUGUCGCAGUACCUAAGGGCCAUGGCCAAGGGCAUGACCCUGGAGGACCUGAUGGGGCCAUCCUGGAGGAGCUUCGUGGAAAGACCUCAGGUGGUGGCCUGGAUGUCCAGCCACUGCGGGACCCUCUCGAAGCGGGAAGACUACGUGGAGGAGCUGUCAAACUACGUGCCAGUGGACAGUGGAAGAACUGGAACAGAAACUUAG